AUCAGCGCCCGGGCUCGCCCUCUCCAUCCCCCCGCGUCGCCGCAGCGCCCCGGUCCAGAUCCUGCUCCCGCUCCCGGUCCCGAUCCCGAUCCAGCGCACCUACGCCCAGCCCCGGCGCCGCCCCGGCCGCAGGAGGAGGGAGGAGAGGAGGAGGCAGAGCGCCGGCUUAAAUACCGCGGCCCCGCGGCAGUCCCCGCAGGUGCAGAGGACACGCGUGGAGAAGCGGAGCAGAGAUGCCCGCCCUCGUGAUGCAGGAGAAGCUCUCCAAGGAUUUCCCUUUAGCCACCAGCACCAUUACUGCAAGGGUGACAAGGAAUGGGGAAGCAGUCAUGGAGAAGAACUUGUCCAACCCUGAGGAAAUGUCAGUUGCCCGUGACAUGACAGAUGAUAUCUUUGAUGAGAGCUACCGUGAAAAGGAGGGCCCCAAGCCUGCCAAAAGAUAUGUCUGGAGAAAUAUCAUCCUCAUGUCUGUGCUGCAUGUAGGAGGCUUAUAUGGGAUCUCCCUGAUACCUUCAGCAAAACUGAUGACUCUGGGAUGGGGUAUCAUAUGUUUUAUGGUGAGUGCCUUGGGGGUAACCGCUGGAGCGCAUCGCCUCUGGAGUCAUCGGUCCUACAAAGCAACUUGGCCCCUCAGAAUCUUCCUGGCUGUUGCCAACUCCAUGGCCUUCCAGAAUGACAUCUACGAGUGGGCCCGAGAUCACCGUGUUCACCACAAGUUUUCUGAGACAGACGCAGACCCUCACAAUGCCAGCCGCGGCUUCUUCUUCUCCCACAUCGGCUGGCUGCUAGUGCGCAAACAUCCUGAUGUCAUUGAAAAGGGCAAGACACUAGACCUGUCUGAUCUGAGGGCUGACAAAGUGGUUAUGUUCCAGAGGAGGUACUACAAGCCUUCAGUGGUGAUCAUGUGCUUCUUGGUGCCCACCAUAGUGCCCUGGUAUUUCUGGGGGGAAUCCUUGGUCAUCAGCUACUUCAUCCCUGCUAUCCUGCGCUACGCUGUAGUGCUCAAUGCCACCUGGUUAGUCAACAGUGCAGCCCAUAUGUUUGGCAACCGGCCCUAUGAUCAAAACAUCAACCCGCGGGAGAAUCGCUUUGUCGUCUUGGGAGCCUUAGGAGAAGGAUUCCACAAUUACCACCACACCUUCCCCUUUGACUAUUCCACGAGUGAAUUCGGCUGGCACUACAACUUUACAACAGCUUUUAUCGAUCUUAUGUACUUCGUGGGUCUGGCCAGCGACUGCAAGAUGGCGUCCAAGGAAGUCAUCCGGGCUCGGAAGAUUCGGACUGGAGAUGGGAGCCACAAGACUGGCUGAGUGCCCAUUUCUCUCCUGCCACUUUUCUUCCCUCCUUUAUUUCCCUCCUAAAUGAGCUGGACAAAGGUUUAAUGUUCUGUUUUACUAACUACUGAAUAAUGCUACCAGGUUGCUUAUGAUGAUGAUAAUGAUUUUAACCCACUCGCACACUGUGUUUUAACAUGUAUUUUAAGACCUAUAACUUUGCUUUUUAUAAUGCUAGACCACCUCUCUCCCUCUUCUUCUCUUUCUUCUUUUCACUCUUUUUUUGUCUGUCUCUAAUAAGAUCUCUCUCUUUUCCUUUCCCCCUCUGACUCCUCCAUCCUUUAAUUUUCUGUGUAUCCCUGGCAGUGAGCUGAUAGAAAGUAGCCUAGGGAAUAUCAUGUAAGCUGGCUGUGUAGCAUGAGUUGCGAGAGAUCUGUACCAACCAGCUGAAGACUUGAGCCAAAGUCAGUGACUCUCUUUUCCCAAAAACUCUCCCACUCCGAGCUCUGUUUCUCUGACCUGACCUUCUCGUGGCUGUUGACUCUUGGUCUAAUAAAGCUGCUUUCAAUGGGGCAUGGCAGUCCCCUCUCCUUUCCUUGCUGGCACAAUGUUAUCUCCCAGACAUUGGCCCUACUUUCAUUUAAGGAAGCUGAGGAAAGGUGAGGCUGGGCCUGGAGAGGAGACCCCUCAAAGCUCUCAUAUGGAGGGAUGCAGGCAAGUGUACCAUUUGGCUAUAGAACAUUGCCCAGGCCAGAUUGGGGAGCAUCAUCUGCCUUACUGCCUUGCUGUAGUAUCACAGUCUCUCUCCUUUCACUGGCCUGAAGCAUCUCUAUGCUCCACUUGCCUUGAACACACACAAAAAAGCAAAUACUGGACUCCAAGCUGCCUACUUCAAAAAACUGGAGAGGGACAUCUGGGGAUUAGGCAAGGGACAUGUUUUUCAAUGCCUUGAAAUGUACUUGGCUAGGAAAGUUUUUGGAAGUUACAGAGCAGACCACUGGUACAUUUUUGCCAGGAAAAGGAACUCUUCCUAAAUCAAGAGGCUGGGAGAAGCUGGAAGGAUGCAAACCAAAGCUCCAUUGCUGUUUUUAAGCUGCUUUAUAUGUUAAAGGAUCAGGGUCCCUUUCUGUGGAGAAUGACACCCUCAGUGCAUAUUUGUGUGUUCCAUAGAUUCUCUUUCCUGAGUGUGGUUAAAAUGGGGCAGCUGAUGUGCUCGCACCCCUCCAGUAACCAGGGAGGAAGCAAGACAAUACUCCAGAGAGGCAGGGGAGAGCUGUAUUUAUCAGUAUGAGAUUCACACAGUCUAAUAACAAGUUCUGGAUAGAAACCAACACCAAACCAGGCAGCACAGAGAGGGAUAAAACAAGAGAAAGUGAAAUGAUAUGACAUUCCAGGCCAUGCCUGACCCCUUCCUGUCACGGGCCAUCUAGAAAGCAGGGCAGACAGGGAGUACUGCACUGUAUCUGUAGACUAGGCAUGGACUUGGGUCUGAAGAACUUUCCUGCUUAAAAGUGCAGCAGGGCACCUUAGGGGGUUAUGAUCAACUCUCUCAGCACCUCUGAAAGUGAUUUGGGCACAGAUUAAAGACACUGCCCAUCAGAUCCUGAUUUCUGCUAGUGAGGGUGAGGGGGGAGCCCUGAUUUUGGUGGGAAGCACUAGACCAACUGUUGCUGACACUUGCAUCUAUUUGCUAAAGCAUCUCCUCAUUGUCAGUCAUCUAAACUGUUCCCAUAAAUCUCCAAGAUAUGAAUGUCUCUGGCAGUAUUGCUGUCUGCUGAGCCAUUCUUAAUCCCAGGUAGGACCUGAAAGCACAGUAGGGUGUGUCCAUUGCCUCAUUCCUUGGCACAGCAAGCACAUUUCUCACUUCUUAAUGGCAUCUUAUAAUUGAGUCUUAAAGCUGACUGAUUAAAUGCCAGUUAUGCUACCUGAGGACCUGCGACAUUUGUGAGCAGAUGAUUGAGAGGUGUGUUUAAAAUCCUCCUGCAUGCUAUGUCCAGAACAGUUGUAGCUGUCUGGGACAAGAUUGGUGUGCUGGGAUCCUGUUCCCUCGGAAGGCCUUCACCAGACUGCACCCAGUUUAUUUCCAUUAGUGGUGGUAGUAUUUUCUGCUCAAAUGCAUCCAAGCAAUAGUGCAGAGGGUUGCCAAGGGCUGAAGAAAAUGGACAGUUCUGGAUGCUUUUUGGAAUUGGGGCUGGGGACCUUAAGGCCUCUUGCAUUUGAUCUGGUGUGAAGGCAUGUUGCAUAUGCUCAAAACAAGGUUCGGAGAAGGGGGUCUUCAAGGGCAGGCUCCAUUCUCUCCUCUGCAGGUCUCAAAGGUGGUAGAAGCCAGUAAUGUGCAUAGCAAAGCCCACAUCCUGGGGACAGCAGAAAGCUCUUACUAUUAUAUAAGAUGUUGGAAUGAAGAUGGCUAUGACUAUAAUUUUAUCCUACCAUAUAGAAAAAAAUUGUCAUUUAACAACCCUGGGCCAACUUCUUUCAGGUCUAAAUCCUAUUGAAGUCCCUGGAUUCUACACCAAGGAUGAAUUUGGCCCAUCCAGCAUUUUCCCUCCCCUCUCCUCAUGAUCUUAACAUGUUGUGUGACAUAACCUAGAGCACAUUCAUGUGCCAUGACAUACUGCAGUGUCUAACCUCUUCUCAGAAAUAAGCAGGCUUUUUUGAUUCAGGGGUUCCUUUUAAAUUCCCAGAUCCUUGAUCAGGUCUAAAUAUCCUGAUGUGAGAUCGAAGCCAAGUAGAAGUAACCAAACUGUCCUGAUGUUUGCUCAGCUACUUUGUGGGUACAUUGGCAAAUAUCUUUGGAUGCCUUAAAUCUUCAAUAUACAUUGAAGCAUUGACAACUAUUGUAGAAUUUGUUUUUCUUUUUGUGCUGAGUUAUGGAAGUUGAGGGGUUUCUUAAUUAUUUUAUUGCCUACAAUAAAUUGUGGGUGCAUGUGAUUUCGAAUGUAUUCAGUUACAAUUUCUGUUAGAUUAAGGAACUUGUGUGGGUUGUUUUUUUUCCUUGGGUUUUUUGUUUUUUUUUUUGGUGGUGGCAACAUGCUUGUAUUCUGAAUGCAUUUUCUGUAAGUUUAACUAAAUUGAGUCAGAAAGAGAGGUGGAAGUCAAUAAAGCAGCUGUGGACCCAAGUGGUUAGAGCAGCAGGAUUCCUGGGUUAUAAUCCUAGUCCUGCCCCUAACCUGCUUUGUGGUUACAGGCAAGUCACUUAAUUUAUUUGUGCCUCAGUUUCCGUAUCUACAAAAUGGGGAUCACACCCUACCUCACAGGGAUGUUGUGAGGCUUUAAUACUUUUACAGCACUGUGAGAUCAUGAAGUGGGAGGUAUAACACACGUGGUGGUAGCAACAGCAGUAAGUGAAUUGACUGCAAACAGCAUUCUCAGCCCUGACUGUACCACGCAGGCUGGAUUUCUGGGUGCUGGAUAAGCGGAAAAAGGAUUGGGUUGGAAAGUCGCGUCUGCACAUUGUCUAAGCUCUGUUGUUACUGAAAAGUGAGUAGAAUACAGGUCUCAUGGCAUAGGGUUUCUGCAUUGUAGGAUCUCCAUGUUUUGUGUACUGAAAAACUGUUUUUUGAAAUAAUUUCUACUAAUUUGGAAGCAGAAAUCUGGUUGUGCUGAUCUGAAGUGUUAUUUGUUCAUAAUAAAAAGGUUAUUUUAAAACUGGA